UUGGUAGGAAUCCUGCUUCGUCCCCGCCCCCUGCCCUUAGAAUGGCGGAGACUCCGUAUAAAUAAUCUACCUGACAGGAGACGGGCUGAAGUCAAGUACGUCGGUGUGUGAGGGGCAGUAUCCUGGCCGCGGAGCCCCGGUCGGCGGUGUCAGCUCGGAGAAACCAAAGGAUUUCAUUGUUGCUUCCUCUCUUCCAUUUUUGCCACCAUCUCUGCCGGUAUUAAAGCGCAAGACAGAUAUGCAGCUUGAAAUCCAGGUAGCACUGAAUUUUAUCAUAUCUUAUCUGUAUAACAAGCUGCCCCGGAGACGUGUUAACAUUUUUGGUGAAGAACUUGAAAGACUCCUGAAGAAGAAAUAUGAAGGCCACUGGUAUCCGGACAAACCUUACAAGGGUUCGGGCUACCGGUGCAUCCAUGUCGGGGAGAAGGUGGAGCCUGUCAUACAGCAAGCGGCCAACGAGAGUGGACUGGAUAUAGAAGACAUCCGCAGGAACCUUCCUCAGGACCUUAACGUGUGGAUUGAUCCCUCAGAAGUUUCCUACCAGAUCGGGGAGAAAGGACAGGUCAAAGUUCUCUACGUUGAUGACGCAAAUGAGAAUGGAGCAGAGCUGGAUAAGGAGAUUAAGAACAGUUUUAACCCUGAGGCACAGGCCUUUAUGCCAAUCACUGACCAGGCAUCUCCAGUCUCCAGCUCUCCGUCACCUCCUUUUGGUGACUCUGCUACUGUAAGCCCAACCUUCAUGCCCAGAUCGGCUCAGCCUUUAACCUUUACGACUGCCACUUUUGCUGCCACCAAGUUCGGAUCUACUAAAAUGAAGACAAAUGCCCGUAACAAGCUGGCGCGGUCCUCCCCAACACAGUUUGGCUUUAAUGUCAAUAACUUGUUAAAGCAGAGUGCCAUGUCCUCAUCCAUGCACUCUGUGUACAGCCUUGGCCUUACCAACCUCCCUCAGAAAACCUCUGCCCUCUCCCCCAAUGCAAAGGAGUUUAUCUUCCCUGCCAUCCAAGAACAAGGAAGGUCCAGCCUAAGCUGCCCAGGAGACAGUGGGGUGAACCUCGGCCCGCUGCCGUACGCUAACACUUUGGACAUGUUUGCAGCGUAUGGGGGUCUCAAUGAGAAGUCCCUGGUGGAAGGAUUGAGUUUCAGCCUAAGUAAUGUGCAGUAUACUAACCAGCAAUUCCAGCCGGUCAUGGCUAACUAACCCGAAAUAGACCUGCUUCUAUAUCCAAAGUAUUGGACAAGCUGCAUGACCCCAAUGUGAUUUUUCUUUUUCCAUUUGCCCUCAGCUUGUAACCUUUGUACAUCCAAGGUUGGUUGCAGAAGCACAUAAAUGAUUUUCUUUUGUUUAUUUAAAGUUUUCGUUGUUAAGUGGAAACUUAACUCCGUCUUCACUACGUUUUUUUUUAAAGAAUUUUGCCUCUUACAGUAUUUAGAAGCUAAUUUUUUUAUAGGCUUUGAACUUUUUGUUUUUCUAAAUUGAAGCUAUUGGUAUGUAUAAGAUUAUGCAUACACGGCUCUGAAGAAAAUCUGCCCGGCCACUUGCCUGAAAGGUGGAUGCGGUGAAAAAGUGUUUAAAAAAAAAAAGUAAAAUAUAAAAUGAAAUAUAUUGUCUAUGUAUAAAGGGGAAUAUGUUUUUCCAGCUCUGUGUUUUAUAUAUAAAUAUAUUUACAUUACACAUUUCAAGAUUUUUACGGAUCUGUGAUUCCUUCAGCAGCUUUAUGUAGGUUUUUUUUUUCAUUUUAUUUUUUUAUUUCUGGAAUUGUAGUCUUUGAGACCAGUUAAAAAAGACAAAAAAAAAAAUGAUUCCUCGCUGUACCUUAUAAUAUAGAGGGAUACCUGUAAUUUCAGAGUUGUAUUUUCUGUUACAAAUUCAGAUUUUUGCUAUAUAAGAUGGAGAGAUGUAAUUGUAAUUUUUGUAUCUAAAUUGUGCAAUACUUGAUAAAAAAAGAAAUGUUAAAGUAUAUUAAGUCAGUGUCUUACAUGUUAAGAACUGAAAUAGUUUAUAUUUAGUUUGUAUUAAAAUUAUUUUAAAUUAAAGUAAUCUUCAUUUUGGUACUGAC